UUGCGCACGCAUUUCCCAUAUUGUUGCCAGUUAUCAACAUCUACGGAUUGUUUAUCGCACAUUAGCUUGGAAAUUGUUCACCCGCACAAUAGGUGGCGAUAUGCACAUCAAAUUAUUGCGAACGCCAUUAUACCAUAGAAGAAGAAGAAUGAUCGCGCGUAUCUUCCGCUUCACUACAUUGUUGUCAUUUAUGGACAUAUACGGAUUGUUUAUUGCACAUUAUCUUGGAUAUUGAAUACUAUUUACUUCACACCGGGAAUACGCAUCUGUAAUUUGGGUUGGACAAGAUGGCAAGCUGCAAUUUUCAGGCACAGUUGGUAUCCAUUCUGGAGGUUUUGGCUAAAGCAGCUGUAGCAGAAAUAAACAAUCGUGUUGAUGAUAGCUGUGCUGUUAUACGCCUGGAAAUUAUCCAAAGCCAGCGAGAUAUUGAUGUACUGAAAAGGAAGUGUCAAAUGAUGGAGAGCGAGCUGAAGAAGACACGAGGACGAGUAAGGAGAAAAGAGAGAUAUUCAUAUCCAGUCAAUAUCGUUUUGAACAAGCAGAGGAGUAACUCACAAUGGAGAGACGGAGAGAAGGCUGUUGAAGAGGACUCUCAACCCCAGCCUACAGAUGUGGAGCAGAGAGUGGAGACUGAACCCAUACUGAUCAAAGAUGAGGAGACAGCAGAGGACGUGUGGAAGACUGACCCUCAGGAAGAGCUCAGGAUCACUGGAGAGGAGUCUGGUUCCAAGCCUGGGAAAUCACCAUCCUUUGAGCAACGGCACUGUGAUGAGGACUUCAUCACGAUACAACCCAAUAUAUCUCAGAAGACUCAAUGGAACAUUCCCAAUUCUGAUCGUCAGAGGAACCAGGCACACGCCACGCCGUCGCAUCUGAGCAGCACAGAGCAGAACCGGCCGGACGAGGACUCACUGACCUAG